AUGGCACAGUUUCUCGGCCUUAUGCUUUUGAUGAUACCAAUGUUGCUUCUUAGCUCAUCAUCCUCAUAUCAAGCAACAGCAAACAAAUUUGAUGUUGGUGGCAAAGAUGGUUGGGUUGUGAAACCUUCUGAAGACUACAAUCAUUGGGCUCAGAGAAACAGGUUUCAAGUCAAUGACACUCUAAAUUUCAAGUACAAGAAAGGAAAUGAUUCGGUUCUGGUGGUAAAGAAAGAGGAUUAUGAUUUGUGUAAUAUCAAUAAUCCCAUGCACAAAAUGGACGAUGGGAAUUCAACUUUCCAUUUGGACAAGUCGGGUCUCUUUUUUUUCAUUAGUGGCAACAGUAACAACUGUAAAAAUGGUCAAAAGCUUGUAGUCCUUGUCAUGGCCGUAAGACACCAACUUCCUCCGGCUGCACCACCGUCCCAGUCACCGGCAAGUGCCCUGCCGGAUCAGCAAGUUCACGUGUCCGGUUUUACUUCUCCGGCACCGUCUCCAUCCAAAGCUUCGGGCUCAGCUAGGCUUGGAGGUUCAGUCAGUAUGGGUGUGGGUUUGGGGGUUAUUUUGUUCUUAACCGGCUUUGCAGGUUGGACAUGUUAUCCAUCAACCUGCAGGCACUUGGGGUUAUAUCUUUCAAAUAAUAUUCCAGGAACUUCCCCCACCGUGGACAGUUUCAAAUUGGAAGUUGAUGCUCCUGAUGAAGAAGAAGAUGGUCAAAGACGGAGAAAAAAGCCAAGGAGGGUUCAAGUCAAGGAGAGCCUUGACCAGGGAGAAAUAUUUAAAGUUCUUCCACUUAAAAUCAUUAUUCAUGUGUAUGAAGACGAGGAUUAUGUUCUUUAG